AUGCCCUUUGUGCGUUUGGGCCCUGAGGUGGUUGAGGAAACCCCGCUUGCCAAAGCCCAAGCGCUGCUCGCCCGAGUUCUGAAGGAUGUGAACGACUGCAGGACCCAAGCCUUCAGGUUGCAGCCUAUCAAGCUUGGAACAGACCUGAUCGCGCAGCUGAUGGCAGUCGCAACCAAGCUGGAGGGCUUGGCGGGGAGGCUCCAGGAGCUUGUGAAAAAGAAGAACAACAAAAACAAGCACUACCGUGAGAUCAUCUUAGAGGUGGACAAGCACACCAAAAUCUGCCGUGAGCGAAUCGACUUGGGGAAGGCGCUGGUUCGGGCCAGCGAAAAAGCUGGACAGCCGAAGGCAUCUGCAAAGCCCAAGGCAGUACCGUUCCGAAGCAUCCCGAACUCGCUCAAGGCCACCUCUGUGACUGCUGGAUGUCAAGAAGCUGAGCAGUUGGAAGCUGAUGGUUUUGGCUGCCCCCUGAGCCCAGCGUGCCAACCGCCCAUUUUGCAAUGGGUGGAGAUUCGCCUUUGCUGCAUGGAAGGGUGA